UUUUCAAUAAAUGGGUAAAUGGGCCUUCUUGGAAUGGGCUUAUCUCAAUUGACGGCCCAUCUAGGGUUUGGAACAACUCAGCAUCAUCGUCGUUUCCCUUUGAACCUCCUGAUAAAUAACAACUUCCAAAAGCUAGGGUUUUUGAGCCUCCACAAUCAGCAACUACUCGGCAGCCUCAGUUCUGCCACCAAAAUGCCGAAACAAAUUCAUGAGAUCAAAGAUUUCCUUCUCACUGCUAGAAGAAAGGAUGCUCGUUCUGUGAAAAUUAAGAGGAGCAAAGAUGUGGUGAAGUUCAAAGUUCGAUGCUCCAAAUAUCUUUAUACUCUCUGUGUCUUCGACUCUGAGAAGGCAGACAAGUUGAAGCAAUCUCUUCCACCAGGUUUGAGUGUGCAAGAUCUGUGAAAGAAUGGUUUAAAGUCUCAAAUGACCACAAGAAUGAGAAGUAGAUUUUUUGUAUGGCGUUUUUUUUCCUCCAACUAUUUAGAAUAUAUUUAAAUUGGAUUUGAGCUUGUAGUAAUCCAUAUUUAUCCUCGUUUUCCAGUGGAUUGGUUGGAAUUUAGAAUUGUUAUGUCGAGUUUAUUAUGUGGGUUAUGUUUCACUAAAUAUAUUGCUACCCAGGUUUUAUUUGAACAUGAUCAGGAUUGUUGUAAAAUUAUUUGCCUUCGGAUAACCCAGGAUGAAGGAAACAAUUGAAACUCAAUUCAACAGCCAGUGGAUGUGUAAAACUA